AUGAAGAAGAUCUUCAGCCUCUGGAGUAAGCAGGGGCAGCAGUCCCCUGGCUUUGUCACCAGCCUGCGGAAGAUCAGGGGCAGCGUCGCCUGUGACACUGGCAGCAUUGAUGAGAGCUUCACGCAGUCCAGGUACCACAUUCGAGCCCGACAGCUGUGCGAGAUCCACAAAGCUGCCAGCCGGGGUCAAGUGGACAAAGUCCAGCAGCUCCUUUUCCACAAGAAAAGCGGCGUGAACCACAGAGACACUGAGAGAAGGACUGCACUGCAUUUGGCCUGUGCAAAGGGCCAUCUAAAAGUGGUGAGGCUCCUGAUGAGCAGACAAUGCGAGGCUGAUGUGGUUGAUAAUGAAGGCAGGACACCUUUGAUGAAGGCUGUCCAAUACCAGGAAAGAGAAUGUGCAUUUAAUCUGCUAGACUAUGGAGCAGAUCCAAAUGUAGCGGAUGACUACGGCAACACAGCUCUCCACUAUGCUGUGUACAAUGGGAAUAUGGUUUUAAUAACAAAACUGCUUUCAUGUGGUGCAAAUAUCGAAGCCAAAAACAAGAAGCAACUUACACCACUUUUACUUGCCAUAAAUGUAAAAAGUCUUAAAAUGGUGGAAUUCUUGGUGAAGAACAAAGCAGAUAUAAAUGCAGUUGAUAGACAUGAAAGAAGUUCCCUCAUAGUUGCAGUACGUUCUCAGUCAGAGGAUAUAGUCCAGUUUCUUCUUCAGCAAAGUAUUGAUGUCUUUUAUCGAGAUGUCUUUCGAUUGACUGCAAAAGACUAUGCCAUUAAUAGUGGUUAUAAAGCCAUUCACCAAGUACUUUCUGAAUAUAUGCAAAAAAGUAUAAAUCCUGAAAACCCUAAAAAUCCUACUGAAAAUGAAAACAUCAAUCCAGAUGUGAUAUCUGCAUUGGGAUCAGAAAAACAGGCAGCUGGAGAACCAAGUUUGCAUUUGCAGAGUUUCUCUGAGGAUUUUCAUGACCCAGCUGGGGCUGCAGAUCCAGAAGGAGAAAGUGCCGUCAAUGAACAAGGAGAAGGGUCUCCUGGGGAACAUCUUCCCUUACAGACCACCCAGCCAACCAGUGAAUUGAAAGCAUCUGUUCCAGAGAAGGCAGUAAGAAGGAGGAAAAUACAGUCAUCCACAUCAGUGUCUUCUUGGAAACCUCCUUUAGUGAAGCCCAUUCAGCCAGCCAUUGAUAUGAAAGAAUCUGUUGCAGAGAAUUCAGUAAGAAAGAAGAACAUAGGGACAUCCAUAAAAGGCACCUGCUCCCGCUAUUUUAACCAGGCUGAUGACAAACUUUUGUGUUCAAGAAAUCCUUCCUUGGUGGCCUUCCCAAGUGCUGGUACUGCAGGCAGAAACCACGGUUCUGGGCACAGAGCAGGGUCUCCUGAAGAACAUAAUUCCUUGAAGCCCAUUCAGCCAGCCGUUGAAAUGAAAGCAUCCGUUCCAGAAAAAGCAGUAAGAGUGAAGAAUAUACCAACAUCCACAUCAGAGACCAAGUCUUGCUAUGUUGGUAAGGCUGCUGACAAACUCCUAGAAUCGAGGGGUCCUACCCUGCAGACUUCCACAAGUGCUGGUAUUGCAUGUAUGAGCCACAGUUCUGAGCACAGAACAGCAUCUCCUGAGGAACAUCCUCCCUUGAAGAAUCCCAUUCAGCCAGCGACUGACAUAAAAGAAUUUGUUCCACAGAAAGUGGUAGGAAUGAAGAAUAUACAGACAGCCACCUCAGGAGCCAGGUCUCGCUAUGUUCUCCCAGACAGUCACAAGUAUUUAGACUCAAGGGAUCUUUUCCCACCAGCUUUCCCAAGUGCUGCUAUUGCAGAUGUUUUCCAAGGUGCUGUGUCCAGACCAGGAUCUGGCUUUGCUGCCCAGCCUAGAAUAAAGUGGAGUCCUUAUGGGUCCCUGCAACGUCAAACUCCUGAGCCGCUGCAUUCCUCCUGCCUCAGUCUCCUGAGUUUCUGGAGCUACAAUGACAUCCUCCCAUGCCUUGAAUUGACACCAGAGGAAAAGCAGCAGAGGCUUGAAGGGAAUGAAAAUAAUCAGCCACAGGAUUCCCAAAGCGGCAAAAAAGAAAAAGAUCUGUUGUGUGAAAAUCGCCUGCUGCAGGAUGAAAUUGCCAGGCUAAGAAUGGAAGUGGACACUAUAAAAACACAGACUCAGGAACAGAAAUUGGAAUCUUCAGAGGACAUUGAAACUAUAAAAUACCUUCGUAACAGCAUAAAACUGAAGAGGGAAAGAUUAGCAGAAAUAAUCUCUGACCACAGCAGACAGCUCAGGAUGCUCAGUUCAGAGAACAUGCUGCUAAAGUCUGAACUGGAUUUUGAGAAACUAGAGAAGGAAAAACUGAAAACCGAAGUCCAGUCAAACCUUCACGAACUGUCUGCUGUUCUAAGUGAUCUCCACCGAAGCCAGAAGUCACAAAAGGACUUGGAGUUCGCCUACCAGAAAGAAAGAGAUGAGUGGUCUGUUGUAAAAGAAAAUAUGACAUCUUACUCAAAUAUUCUCUUCCAAAAACUUGUUGAAGCUGAAAGAAAAUUCAACAGCCUAGAAGUUGAGCUCUGUAACACAAAAGAUAUUCUCAGUCAAAAGACUUUGGCCUUAGAAGGUGUGCAAAGAGAUCUCAGCCAAGCAGUGUGUGAAAAGAAGGAAAUGGAGCUAAAGUAUCACAAUGAACAACGUAAAAUGCAUACAUACCUUGCAGAGGAGGAACUGGCAGAGGAGCGAUUAGCUCAGCUGCGAAGCAGAAAUACGGAGCUUCAGCAGCAACUCAGUCAUGCUCAGGACGAAGCUGAUAAUAAAGAAAAAACCAUGAUGGCUAUGCAGACCCAAUUUCGGGCUUCUGUAAAACAACUUCAAGCUGAGAGUAAAUGCCAAAGACUUCUGCUAGAAGCAAGAAAUAAAGAGUUAACCAAUAAAUGCAGUCAUUUAAAAGAAAAGCAGAAGCGAUAUAAAACAGAAAGGGCAGAAAGAGAAUUGCAAGAAGCACAGGGUCAACGCACAGCAACCAUGAGAUGGCCUACAAUUGACAACUUCAUGAAAAAGCUUGAAGAAGAAAAUUUCAAUUUAAAAGUUAUCAUCGAAAACCAAGCACGCAAAAUGGAGCAGCUCCAGGAGAACCUGUCAAGGGCAAGAUCCCUGCAAAUAUCACUGCUGCAUCAGUUGACAGAGGCUAGAAGACUGGCUGGAAAGAUGGAAGACCACAUGCAAAUGCCUGACAUAGAAAAUUCCCAGUUAAAAGCUAGAAGCCAAAAGCAAGCAGAUCGACCUGAGCAGCUUCCACAUCUCCCAUCCAGCACAGGGUCGACACAAAUACCAGCUCUGGAAAACUUAGAGCAGCCAAGAAAGAAUCAAACAGCUUCAAGGGGAAGUGAGAUGGAGCUCAGUGUUACUGAGAUGGAGCUCAGCAUUGCAGAUGCGGAGUCUGAACUCUCCAGCAUACUAGCGUCUGAAAAACUGGAAGAAUACACACAAGUUCACAUGAAAGAUUUACAAACCCUAAAAUGUUUGUCAACUAAAGUACGCCAACUUCGUGAGAAUCUAGCAGAGGUCAAGACACACUUGUCUGGGGUAAAACAGAUGGACAGAUCUUUGCACACAAUUCUUACCACAAGAGAAGCAACUGGAAGCAACUCCUAUUGAAAAUCUUAAUCGUGCUUCAGUUAUCCACAGAGAGCUCCCUACAGUGCAGAAAUGUGUAAUCUCUCCCUCAAAUCCUGAGACUUCUUCAAGUAGACUGGCGAAGUACGUGGCUCAGAUGCAGCAGGAGUUAGAAAAAAAUGUGAUUGGAAGACUUGAACAAGAUGAUUCUGAUUUGGAAACUGAAUGUUCUAUAACUUCCCUGGAAGCUACAGUGAAUUCAAGUCUAACAUCAGGACCUAGUUUAAAAAGCCCUUGAGAGUUCCAAGAAAAUAUGGCUGUGGCCAGUUUGGCUCUUUGGAGAAGAGUCU